AAAGUCGUCGAGUGCGUUUGCCAGUUGCUUUUGUUGCUGUCGGUGCGGCACACACACAAACACACACACACACAUACACGUCGAGUAAGCUGGUGCCGUGUUACAGUGGCUAAAAGCAAAAACAAACAAACAAACAACAACAAAAAGAAGAAGCCAAGCUCAUCAGCAGCAGCAUCAUCUUCUUCGUCAUCGUCAUUCGCAUACAAUAAAAAAAAAAAAAAUUUUAGUGCGCGCAGUCGUUAUGCAACUGAAGUGCGUUCCAAAACAAAUAUAAGUUACAUUUAUUAAGAAAUUAUUAAUAAAAAAAAUCGAAAGAAAUGCAAAGCAAAGCAAAGAAAAUCAUUAGAAAUUAGACACACAAAAAGUACGCUGAACGAAAUUUAAUAAGCUUUUCACAACGUUGAAAAAUGUCAAGUUAAAUUUUUAAGAAAUUUUAACAAAAACCAGUUUUGUCAAAAUUAAUAUAAAAAAAAACAAGUGAAACGCAAACAACAAUUAAAUUGUCAACAAGGCAGCAGGUGGCAGAGUGAAAAGCGCACACAUUGAAAGUGCAACAAGAGCGGCUGCCAAGCGUCUGCAAACGUAAUCAUUGGGAAAAUAUCUACAGAUUUUGCAACAAUUUCAACAUUUACAACAACAACUGCAGCAGAAAAUAAUUGAGCAAAAGACACUCACCCAAGAAGCGCCUGGACAAAAAUAAAUAAAUAAAAAAAAAAUGGUAUCGCGAAGAAAAAUAUUAUCACGUUCGCGGGAUGAUCUAAACCUGGAUCAGACGUUUACGCAACAGGAGGAGGAGGAGGAUGUUUGGUAUCAAAAAGAUAAACUCUACAAGGAACACAUACAGGAAGUGCUGGACAAAUGGACUCAAAUCGAUGAUGAGAUCUGGGCGAAAGUAAUUGUCUUUGAGCGCAAUCGCCGCGUGGCCAAGGCAUACGCACGUGCUCCGGUACUGACCAUCAAUGGCUCCGAUGAUGGCUUCGAUGGCAUGCGCAUUGGCUUGUGCGGCUUUGACAAUCCCAUGCGAGAUCAGAAGACGGACGAAAUGAAGCGCGUCAUCGGCCAGGGCGUCAAGAUCAAAAUGGACGAUGCUGGCAAUAUACUCGUGCGUCGCUAUGCCAAGAGCAACGUUUUUGUUAAGAGCACCGCCAGCAAUCCCAACGAGGAGACCUCAAUUGGUGCCGAAAUCUUAAAGCUGCCAAAUCAGGCGCUCGAAAGCGAAAAAAUAGUCAAGCUGUUCGAUAUGAAGAAGUUCCAGUCGAACGUAAAUCGUGAAUUGCGCCGUGCCUAUCCAGAUCGUCGGCGCUUGGAGACGCAAUGCCUAUCGGCAGUGGCCUUUGUCAAAUCAGAGAAUGACAUUUUGGAGUGCCCCAUUUGGGUGCUCAUUGUGAAUGUGGUAGCCAUGGAUAUGCUAAAGAGCAAGCUGCCGCCAGUGCAACGUCCCAUUGUGGACAUCAAGAAUCGCCCGCGAAUACCCAUACCAGAUGAGGAUCCCUACAGCGUGGCCGGUACCGGCAGCAACGGCAGCUCGGGCAGUUCUGGCUUUGGCAGCGGCCACCAGCAGCAGCAACUGCAGCAACUGGGCAAGCAUUUAAAUAAUGGCAGCAGCAGCGGUCAUGUGGCUGCCACACGUGAGCAACUGCUAUUGCAGACGCAACAAUUGGCGCAUAAGCGCAGCGAGAAGCCACCCAAAUUGCCGCCCAGGGAUAAUGUCUAUGCGCACGAUCUGAUUCCAAAGCCGGACUACGAUGACAUUGAUUUGGAGACCAGAAUCAAACUAUCGCGCGGCAAGUCCGACAAAGGCAAAGACAACAAGAAAUAUGAUGAUCCUUAUUACUGUGGCUUGCGUGCACGCGUGCCCAACUUUGUCAAGGCCUCCAAGUCCAGCGCCAAGGAUCAACGCGACGGCAAUGGCAACAACAUAAUCAGCAACAUGAACGGCAACGGCAGCAGCAACGGCAUCACCACGCUCAGCCAGAAAAAGACUUCGAUGAUACACAACCAUUUGGCCGGCAUGCAUCCACAUGCACAGCACAUACAGCAGCAACAGCAGCAACAGUUGAUGGCCGCGGCAGCAGCGGCUGCAGCGCAUGCCGUGCAUCAUCAGCCGGCGGGCCAUCAUCCACACCAGAUCUGGCAGACGCGCAGCUAUGAGAGUGGCAUAGAUUCGGAGCUUGUCGAAUCACCUUACAAUCACAUCUAUGGACGCCAUUUACCGCUGCCAACUCGCGGCUAUGUGCCCACACCACGCAUGUUUAUUGGGGAAUGGGACUGAGAGAAAGAUGAGGUGAAGGAUACAGACAGGACGAUGUAUGCAUACAUAUAUAUAUAUAUAUAUAUAUAUAUGUAUAUAUAUCAAAUGCUUCACACAAUCGCACUAUCUAAAACCAAGCGCCAAGACACAAAACAUGAUUUGGUUUUUUUUUUUUGUAUCAACUAAAACAGAAAUUAUUCAAGUGCAGCAAUAAUUUAAGUCAGAAAAUCACGAACUGUUUCCCAAAUUCAUUAAGUAAUUAAUUUAGCAAAAUAUAAUAAAAAAAAUAAUAAUCUUAGGCUAGACUUAAAUGUAUUCCACACAAAAUCCAUUAUGCAUAUAUGUAAAAAUAAUAUAUUCUACUUUUAAUAGCUGCGCAUAAUUGAUUUUGUUCUAAUAUUGAGAUUACGACAGCGCACUGGUAACUUUAUAUAUACGCAUAUAUAUAUACAUAUUAAAAUAUAUAUAUAUAUAUAUAUACAAAAAUUGACUUUUUUGCGCAAUAACACGCCAUUACAUUGUAUAGUUAUUAGUUACGUUUGUUUUGUGUAAAUUUAAAUGCGUUUCAGUUGUUGCAUCGAUUCGCAGCCAAAAUUCACAAGCCUAGUAUAUAUUUUUGUAUUGUCACAUACAUUGUAUUACGUUAAAAUCAAUACAUUUUGAAAAUAAAUGUAUAGGCUGAUUUGUCUGUUCUUAUCGUAAUAUGUAAUAUGUAUUCUGUAUUGUAUAUGAGCAACAAUAAAAAUUAUAUUCUAGUUAAAGUAAAAACCAUGUAAA